AUGCCACAGACCUGCCCCAUCGACCUGGACGCCCUGACGCCCAUCGACGAGAGUCACGGCAGGUAUGGGAAACCACUUGUCUAUUUCGACACCAAGUACGAGAAGACGGAUCCGCGUAUGCUCACGCCCAAAGAGCUGGCCAUCCUGCUCCCCGAGGGCCAGUCUCGGAUCACGGCGUACAACAACGUCGCCGGUUGGAAAUUCCCCCUGCGCGACACCCCCCAGAGGAUUCUUGACUACCUCUACCUGGGACCCAACCACGCUAUCCGGGAUCUAGAAUUCCUCCGGAGCACGGGGAUCACCAUGGUUCUCGUCGUCCGCAACGCCAACAUCUUCACCAAGAGCUUUGCCAGCCUGGACAGGGCCGCUGCCACCCUCGGCAUCGUCGGUCGUUACGUCGACAUGUACAGUCCUCAGAUGAUGCUGAGAAAGUCACUGGACGAAGCUGUCCGGAUCAUCAACGACCACGUCCUGUCCGUUCAUCACGCCCAGUGUCGUGGUGGCGGCCGCGCGUCCUGCCCGACCCGGGCAAAGGUUCUCAUCACAUGCGAGACGGGCAGGAUGCAGUCUGCCUUUGUCUUGGCCGCAUACCUCAUGGCUGUCUUUGGACUCGACAUGGCGGAUGCCAUGAGGUUCAUCUUCCUCCAGCGCCCCUGCAUAAUCUUCUUUACGGAUUCUCAGGCAAUCCUCGACACGUGGGGGGGGAUCCUCAAGGCCAGAGCGUCCGUCGCUAGGGCUGGCGACAGGGGAGACGUGGCGGCCAAACGUCAGCUCGGUGACAACAGCGACGAUGAUGACGUCGAAAAUAGUACGUCAGACCACAUGGACUCUGACAGGUUCCUCGGAAGACGCUCGUUCGUUCCUUUCGAAGACAAGAAAACUCUGUGA